AUGCCUUCAGAAAACAGUAGUGGACACGCUGAGCCAUCACUCUGGAUCGCAGGUUUGGGGUCUCAAUAUCCACCUUUCAUCGCCGGACCUGAGAAGUUCGACAGCUUUGCGAAGAGUAUCUAUGGCACUAGCAAUGCAGGAAUCAACCAACUUCUCAAAAUCAACAAGGCUACUGGAAUUGCGACUCGCGCUUCAAUCAACUCCUACGAGAGUGGAUUUGGUAGAUCAGAGAUGCCUCCAACGAUUACUGAAAUUGGGCAAAUGUGGCGGAACGGUGGGGUCAACCUGGCUGUCCAAGCAUGCAAGAAGGCACUCAAGGAAUGGGGAGGGGAGUACAGCGAUGUCACACAUACCAUUGCUGUGACUUGCACAGAUGUAACAACUCCCGGGUAUGAUCUGCACGUUGCAAACAAGCUUGGACUGAAGAACGACGUCAAGAGAAUGCUCCUCGCUGGGAUUGGUUGUGCAGGUGGUAUGACCACCAUGCGAGUUGCAGCCGAGAUUGCUUCUGGAGCCACUGCUUGCAAGCGGCCAGCACGCAUUUUGUGCUUCGCGUGUGAAGUGUGUACUCUGAAUGCUCGAUGCAACCUUGACGAAACAUCAAAGACCGAUCCAGCCGAUGUUAGUGUUGCUGGAGCUCUCUUUUCCGAUGGUGCAUCGGCUUUCGUUCUCUGCAAUGAUCUUGUCUUGACAGGCGAUGUUGUGUCAUAUACCAAUGACGCAAUGAAGCCAAUGUUUGAGCGCCUACACCCACUUGCCGAGCAGAAAGAAGGCCAUAAGAUUGCGCAGGCUGAUUUUGACUGGGCUCUGCAUCCUGAAGGCUCGACCAUUAUCAGUGGUGUGCAGCAGUCAUUGGGCCUCUCCAGUGACCAAUUGCGAGCCACCAAGGAGAUUUACAAAACAAGAGGGAAUGCAUCAAGUCCCACCACGGUCAUUGUACUUGACAAGCUGAGAAACAUGGGGGAAGGGAAGGAUUAUGUUGUUGCAGCAGCCGUUGGGCCGGGUCUCAACAUCGAGAUGUCGAUCUUGAGACGUUGUCGCCGGGAGGAUUCUGAUGACGAGUUUGCUUAG